CAGAUCGACCCCCCCUCUCUCUCUCUACUCUCUCUCUAUAAUUACCUUCUAUUGCACGCCAACCUCUCUCUCUCUCUCUCUCCUAUAUAUACACACUCACACCGAAUCGAUUCCCACCCCUCCUCAACUUCGCUCCAAAAAAUUCUCCCGCUACAAUGUCCACAGAUCCAGAACUCCCCCGAGCCUCACCGCCGCCCACGCCGCCUCCAAUCCAAACAAAACCUUCUCAGACUGCCGACGUCGCCGCAAUUCAGCCGCCGGAGAACGACGACGAAGAAGAAUGCAAGACGCCGACGGCGCCGGAGAACAGGAUCCCGGAGCCCCUGACCUGCCCGCCUGCGCCAAGGAAGCCGAGGAAGGAGGAGUUUUCUUGCAAGCGGAGGAGGAAGAAGUACGAUCUCGAAUUCUUCGAGGCCGUGAAUCGCGAAGAGGUCGAGUCGUUGUUUGGGGCGAGUUACGAGUCGCUCGGCUUUAAUUCUUCUCCUAUACGCAAGAGAAAAAUUAGCUGAGGCGUGAGUAAGUUGAUCCGGACACCUACAUUAUACAAUAUACAUAAUAUAUAAAUGCCACUUUGAUUACUAGAUUUAUAUUGAUAUUGAUUAGUUGAUCAGGUUAAUUCAGAGAAUUUCGGAUCUGAAUAUAUACUUUGUAGUCUAGCUGGCCGGAAUUGAUCCAGAUUUUAUUCAAUUGGAAGUCAAUUUAACUUAGUUUGUUUCUUUUA